UUCAGUGUGUUAAAUGUCGUGGACUUUUUAGAACAGAACUUUUUCUCAACCAUCUGAAAAACUGCUCCAAAAAAGAGAAGAAAGUAGAAAAACCGCAGGAAAAGGGAAAGCCCGUCGAACCUCCGUGGAAGAACCUAAGUGAGAAGUUUAAGAAAGUUCUAAUGAAGUUGGAACGUGACGAGGUGUCGGAAGCUGUUGUGGGAAACCGGAUCAUCCUGCAGUUCGGAGAGCACAUGCUCAGUGAGGACGGUCAAAAUGUGAACAAGCACGAACAUAUAAGGCAAAACCUUCGGGAUGUGGCGAGGCUCGUGCUCGAGGCUCAAAAGUCCACUCCAGUGAAGAGCCUGGAGGAUUUUUUCAACCCUUCCAACUUCCUACAUGUGCUGUCUGCCGUGAGAGCCGUUGCAGGUUUUGACCCGAGGAAGAAAACCUUCGCACGUCCGCUGCUGGCCCAUGAUCUCGGCCACCACUUGCAGACGAUCUGCAGCAUCGUCAUGCGCAAUGCCGUAAAGUCCUGCGACAACGAAGUCAUCAAGUCGUGCAAAAACUUUCUCACCUUGUAUUGUAAGAAAUGGAACAGGGUUGUUGGCCAGCGCUUCAGGGCAAAUGUCAGUAAAAGUAAAA